CAUCAUAACCUAGAAUUCCCAUGUGUCGUUCUCGUCUUUCUAAUCGUAAUGUAUCUGCCUUUUAAAAUAUAAGAAGAUAAAAUAGUUCUACACCUUAAUACUAUAAAUCGAGUAUGUCACAAAAAUUAAAACGAAGAUUAGUAGAGGCUGAUCACAACCUACCACAGUCAUCAAAAACGGCCCUUGAGGAGUCCCACUCUGACUCCGAUUUUUUUGACAAUGAAGGUGAAAGCAGCGAUCUUACCGACAGUGAGGCCGACCUCUCCGGUAGCGACGAAGAUGAAAGCAGCGACCUUACCGACAGUGAGGCCGACCUCUCCGGUAGCGACGAAGUGGAUAGCGAGUCUGAAAGCGAUAACAAUGUCUCCGAGCAAAGCGAAGAGGGGGACGAAACCCCAAAAGUCCUCUCCAAUGGCUCGCCGCCUGUCCUUCAGAAAGUCGACGAAUACGCCGAGCACGAUACGUCCGACGAGGAAGACAUACGCAACACCAUCGGCAACGUCCCGAUGAAGUGGUACGACGAGUACAAGCACAUUGGUUACGAUUGGGACGGCGAGAAAAUAGAGAAGCCGGCGCAACGCGAUCAGCUUGACGCGUUCUUGCAGCGCAUCGAAGAUCCCGAAUUUUGGAGGACGGUUAAAGAUCCGCAGACCGGCAAGGAGGUCGUGUUGACCGAUGAGGAUGUGAAACUGAUCAAACGUAUUAACGCCCAGCGUGUGCCCGAUGAGAACUUUACCGAAUACGCCCCUUGGGUUGAGUGGUUUACAAGCGAAGUUAUGAAGACGCCGCUAAGAAAGUUUCCCGAGCACAAGCGUUCAUUUUUGCCCAGCAAAAUCGAGGCGAAGCGCGUGUCGCGUAUGGUGCACGCGCUCAAGAUGGGCUGGAUAAAGACGAACGCCCAGUAUAAGCGAUUGAAGGCGAAAAAGAAGGAUCAGUUCUACAUGUUGUGGCAGACGGACAGCGAGGCGGAGAAAAUGCGACGUAUCCACGAUCACAUUCCCGCUCCGAAACGUUUCCUGCCGGGUCACGCCGAGUCCUACAAUCCGCCGAGCGAGUAUCUGUUCGACGAGCGCGAGUUACAGAGGUGGCAUAAGCAGGAGGAGACGCCGUGGAAGCGCAAGCUGCAUUUCGUUCCCGCAAAGCACGGAUCUCUUCGCGAGGUGCCCGCGUACGCGCGAUACGUGAAGGAGCGAUUCCUACGCUGUCUCGAUUUGUACAUGUGCCCUCGCGGUAUCAAGUUGAAGCUGACGAUCGGACCUGAAGCUCUAGUUCCGAAGUUACCCAGUCCCAAGAAUCUACAGCCUUUCCCCACGUACCUGGCCAUCACCUACGAGGGACACACCGACAUGGUUCGCACUAUCGACACGGAUAAAACCGGACAGUAUUUAGUGAGCGGCUCCGAUGACGGUACCGUGAAAAUCUGGGAGAUAAAUACGGGCCGUUGCCUAAAAACGAUAAACACAGAGUCGGUGGUCCGCUGUGUCCGUUGGUGUCCGAAUCAAGCCCUCUCCCUCAUUUUGGUCGCCUCCGGCAACAAGGUCAUCUUACUCAACCCGGACGUGGGUGAUUUUCUAAUUAGCGCCAAAACCGACACUGUACUGAAAGAGUCGCCCAAAUCCGACACAAUUAUAAACGAGCGCGUCCGCACGACCGUCCAGUGGGCGGCGCCCUCCGAAGCGGAGUACGGCAGAGGCUUUCGGGCCGUUCUCACGCAUUUCAAGGAGGUGACUCAGGUCACGUGGCACGGAAAGGGCGACUAUUUCGCGGUUAUAAUGCCCGACGGCCAGAAUCGGUCCGUCUUGAUCGGGCAAGUCUCGAAACGCAAAUCUCAGCUGCCGUUCACGAAACCGAAAGGUCUGGUGCAGUCGGUUAUUUUUCAUCCGUCGAAACCGUACUUGUUCGUCGCCACUCAGAGGCACAUUCGGAUCUACGAUCUGAUUGGGCAGGCGCUAGUUAAAAAGUUGAUGAGCAGCUCGCAGUGGAUCGCCACCAUGGAUAUACAUCCUGGGGGCGAUAACUUGUUGGUGGCGACUUACGAUCGGAAGGUGCUAUGGUUCGAUUUGGAUUUAAGCACGAAACCGUAUCAAACGCUAAGACUGCACGGCACAGCUGUCAGGGCGGUUAGUUAUCAUAAACGUUAUCCCUUGUUCGCUUCUUGUUCCGAUGAUAAAAGUGUAAUUGUAUCGCAUGGGAUGGUUUACAAUGAUUUGAUGCAGAAUCCGCUAAUUGUUCCGUUGAAGAGGUUCGCGGAGCAUAAGGGCUGUAAUGAUUUUGGAGUUUUUGACGUGCGUUUUCAUCCGUUGCAGCCGUGGGUAUUUAGUGCCGGCGCGGACGGUACCAUUAAGUUAUACUGUAAUUAAAUUUUUGUUAUUGUAAUUAUGUUUCCUAUUAAAAGCGUUAAUAUUUUUUUAUAAGCAGAAAA